AUGUCUGAGAAGUAUUACACCAACCUCAUUACAGCAAUAGGCAGCGAGGACCUCCAUAUUGAGGCGAAGCGUAGCGAUGAACGCGGCAUAGGCUUGUACGCUACCGAUACGUUGCAAGCUGGCGAGACACUCUGGGCUGAGCGCCCUCUUCUCGGUGCGCUGGUACGGGCUUUCGACACCUCUUUAUGUGUCUGCGAAACAUGUGGACGGUUUCUGGGCUCACUACAACUACAGUUGAAAUUCGGCUUGGGGUUGGUCACCAUCAAGGAGAUGGCGAAAGUGUUCAACGACGCUGAUGAGAAGUUGAUCUACGAGCUGUUGUUCACUCCGGAGCUCCCAAAGGUCCCUGGAGAGGCUUCCAGGUUGACUGACGAGACCCCUAUCGCUUGGCAGGCCGACGGUGACACUCUGUUGUUCUGCUCUCGACACUGCCGCGAUGGGUUUGAUAAUGUACAUCGUCCUCUGUGGGAAAGCGAGGGAGGUCGGAAGGUCCGCGAGGUGGCCAAAAAUGGCGAUAUGGAGUACCUGUUGUUGGCGGCUAAAGUGAUCUUGGGCUUUUCUGGUGCUGAGGCUGAGCUGAGAGAAGGCGUGAGAAGGCUAUGCGGUGGUGAUGUGAACUAUUGGGAAUGUGUGGACGUACCUGAAGAUCCACAAGAAGCUGCAAAGUUCGUUGAAGCCUGUAAAGAAACACUGGAGAAGGGCGCAAGAGCAAUGGCUGAUCUGCUGAGGGAGGCUGACGUGGAAACGAAGAAGUUUGGGACUUCCAAAGGCCUCAAUGGCUUGGUUGGAAAGCUGUGUCGAAACGCUAUCAUGGUUACCUAUCCCAACCCAUUGACGGAGUACCUUCUGGCGGUGUCUCAGACUGACGCCGAUCUGAGUGCUCUACGGGCGGUCGUGCAAGGCGCCACCACACCUGCUGUGUUGGACGAUGAUUCUGUCGAGGUUGAUUUAGGUCAGGGUGUUGUGAUUAAUAGUCGGACGCUAUCACCUGACUAUAGAGGCUGGGCGGUCUUCCCCUUGUUGUCUUGUGUGAACCACUCGUGUCGACCUAAUAUGGAGAUCGAGUUCUCUGGUGAUGGAGCAACGCUAGUGGCAAAUGUGUUAGAGUCGGGGUCGAUAGCUGCUGGUGAGGAACUAAUGGUCAGCUAUUGUGACAUUGAAGAGGAUUCAGCUGGAGAAAGACAAAAGCAACUUGAUCCGUAUGGAUUCAUCUGCGACUGUGAGCGAUGUUGCAAGAGGGCUAGGAAGGCCUAG